AUGAGGAAGGCUGCUUCUCGUGAAUAUUCCAGUGACAACUAUUUAUACUGCCCUCGGGCUGUAGAUCUACAGUACAAGGAUUUAAGGCAUUUUCAGUGGCAUUGGGAAAAGGGGGAGCCUGUUGUUGUCAGCAAUGUGCUUGAAUGUACAUCUGGUUUAAGCUGGGAACCACUUGUCAUGUGGCGUGCAUGCCGUCAGAUGAUUAAUACCAAGCGUGAACAACAUUUGGAUGUCAAGGCCAUUGAUUGCUUAGAUUGGUGUGAGGGAGAAAUUAAUAUCCACCAAUUUUUCACUGGGUAUACAAAAGGUCGUAAGGAUUGGCUCAAUUGGCCUCAGAUAUUGAAGUUAAAAGAUUGGCCUCCUUCUAAUUUAUUUGAAGAACGUUUGCCUCGCCACUGUGCUGAGUUCAUAUCUUCCUUGCCCUUCAAGGAAUAUACUGAUCCUCAUGUAGGUUCUCUUAACCUUGCUGUGAAGUUGCCUAAAAGUUGUAUAAAGCCAGACAUGGGGCCAAAGACAUAUAUUGCUUAUGGAUUUCCUCAGGAGCUUGGACGUGGUGAUUCAGUGACUAAGCUCCAUUGUGAUAUGUCUGAUGCAGUAUGCUCUGUUUCCUUUUUUUCCCUGGCCUAUUAUUUUCGGAGGACAUUUUAGAAUUAUUUAAACAUU